AUGAUCGAUUUUAAGAUUUAUUUGAUAAUCGCUUUAUCUGUAUAUAUAAGUGAAGUAUUAUCGAUAGAUUUUAAAUAUGAAUAUUUCAAGGAUUCAUUAAAAUCCGACAAAUUGGAAAAAGAACCAUUUUUUCUAAAAACUGACGUCUAUUCAGAAUCCUCGGAUUUAAUUGGAGUCAAAAAAAUUCCCAAAGAAGAUAAACAUUUAAAAAAAACAAUAUUACCACCUUAUCCUAUAAUAGAUAAAGAUAGUGCCAAAUACAAGGAUAUUGUUUUGAAAUCAGGUUUACCAUAUUGUCAAGAAAUCAAAAUUCAUUCUAACAAUGAUAAAAUUAAUAAGGAUACUUGUUACAAAUGUAAGGAUUUAAAAACUGGUAAUACUUAUGAUUACUGUACUUACAAUCCAAAAAAGGACGAUAAUUAUUCGGAAUAUUUGACAACACGAAAACGAAGAUCUAAUUCAAACAUCGAAAAUAUAGAAAAAUCACCGUCCACAAAAAUGUCUUUGGAUGAUAGCAAAUUAAAAGUUGCUGCCUCUGAACACAUCGAGAAUUUAAAGGAUCGUUCGAAUUUUGAUCGAAAGUUUGAAAAUCCUUACAGAUUUAGUGACGAAAUUUUUACCGAAGCUAGCGAAUACAUUCCCGACAAGUAUAAAAAAAAUCAUGAAAAUUGUGAAAAAGUAUUAAAGGAUUCUAUGAUUUGUAUGGUUUGCAAGGAUAUGAAAAGUAAAGCGAAGUAUGAACAAUGUUCCUACGUAGCUAAACCUAAUGAAAAAUCUUAUGCUUAUAGCAAAUCAAAGUCAUUUGGAAAAGAACAUGACGAGGAUGCAGAACCGGAUGAAAAAUUAAAGUGUUUUAAUUUAAAGGUUGAUCCAGAAAAAAAAUAUUACGAAUCAUCGUAUCCAAGUGAAAGGUAUGAAAGAUCACAGGUGAAAGUAAGAAACGAUGAAGAAACUGACAAAGAUGAAGAAAAAUCAUCUACGACUGAUUGCAAAAAGUUCGAAAAGGAUGGUAAAAUUUGUACCGUUUGUAAAGAUCCUAAAACAGGUGGUAAUUACGAGAAAUGUUCUUACGCUUAUCAACCUAAAGAUAAGGUAUACAAAUUCAGUAGAUCUAAAUCAUUCGGUUAUCCUGAAAAUUCGUCAAAAAUAUCAUCAAGUUCGAAUAAAGAAGACGAAGAUGAAAAAUCUGAUCGUCCUAUCGAAUCCAAAUAUUCGGAUUAUUCGAAAGAUUAUAAUUUACCUGACGAAUCUAAAAGUUAUUAUGAUAAAUCCGAUACCAAUGAUAAAAAAGAUUCAUACGACGUUUUACCUGAUUAUUAUCAAAGUCCUUCGGAAUAUAAAUCAGAAUCAGAAAUAAAUUCGGAAAAAAUAGAUCAAUCUAAUUGCAAAAUUGUUGAAAAGGAUUCAAUGACUUGUAAGAUUUGCAAGGAUCCUAAAAGUGGUGAUAAUUUUGAACAAUGUUCUUACGCUUAUAAACCUAAGGACAAAGUUUACGCAUAUACCAAAGGUAAUUCUUACGGUAGUCCUACGAAAUCUGAUGACAAUGGGGAUGAAUCUAAAGGUUAUGACGUACAAGAAAAUAUUAGAAAGAUUAUCAAAACACCGUAUUAUAAUAAGCCUUACGAUAAGGAUUAUAAUAAGGGUUACGAUAAAAAUGAAGAUUCGAAUGAAAAAGAAGCAUAUCCUUCGGAAAAUUCGGAACGUUUGAUAUUCGAACCGUCGACCUUGAAAGAAGCAGCAGCUGCCACUAAAGCAGCUAUCGAUGAGACUAAAAAAAAAGUCAACGAAGAUACUUACUUCGAUAAUAAAAAAAAGAAGGCUGAUAUAGAGAAAGUUUUGAAAGAAUUUCAAAAUGAGGAUCGUAAGAAUUGUAAGAAAGUAAUGAAGGAUCAAAUGACUUGUUAUCAGUGUACAGAUGAGAAUGAUUUUCGAAAGGAAGAAUGUAUGUUCAUAGGUGACCAAGAACAACCGGAUAAUAUUAAUAAUAACAGUAAUGACAAAUUUACAUAUCGCGAGGUUAAACAAUAUAAGAUUGAUCCUGAUAACAAGUCAUCGAGUUCGAGUUUGAAUAAGAGUCAAUUAAAAAGGAAAACGGAAAUUCUUGAACCAAUACCAUCGGCUAGUGAAGAUUCUUAUGUGACAAAAUUGAAACCCGUUGAAAGUGUUGAAAAAACAACGGAGGAAGAAAAGUUAGAGGAAGUUGAACCUUACGAGUCUGUUGCAGAAACUCGACCUAUUUAUGACAAAAAUUUGGGAUUAACAUUACCAGCUUUUAUGUUAACAAAAUCGGAACAUGAACAAGAAUUUGAUGAUAUGGUUGAAUCUAGUAGAAUUUAAUCUAAAUUGAUUUUAUUUCAUAUUAUUCAUUAUUUCAAUUCUAAUAAGAUCGAUUUAUUGUUAU